CAGCCGCAUCCAUUCCCAUUUAUACCCACAGCGCAGAGCGUGGGAGCCAUGCGGGCUGUGGCUGAGGGACUUGCGCCAGGGCCAGUCAGCACUGGAGGCGGGGCUUCCCACCGUAACUCUUUCCUUCCUGGAGCGGCUUUGCUCUGGAGGCACUGGCGAGGUCUUUGCUGCAGCUGAUCCCCGGUUGGCCCUCUGUCCCCUGCACUUCGUGUCACCCUGUGGGGUGGGAUGAGCAGCCUCGGAAGGACAGCAUAGAGGAAUGCACUGGGCUGGGGCUGGGCGAGAUGUGGUGGGGCCAGCCCUCUCGGUACCUGUGAUUUCCUGGGGAUGGGGCCUUCAGAGCUGCCCGGGCUCCCAGGCCAGGGAACUUUGGAGCAAAGUGGGGGACCAGUGGGCAUUGGAGCUGCAACACGUGGGGUGGGGGUAAAGACCCUAAAAACAUCAGGGAGUGCAGUCUCGAUUACAGGCUGAGAGGUGGCAAAGACCCCACCAUCUGCUCACACUCAGUGUCUCCCCAACACCAUGACUGCCGCUGACUGCCCCCAGGCCCCUCCGCACAGCCCUGCGUAGGUUCCCCAUUGUCUGCCCUCUGCUUCUCUAUGCUAGAACCCAGGGAACCUGCGGUGACCUCAUGAUUCUCCAGACGCUGCCUCAGCCCCGUCCCUGACCAGCCGAAGCAGCAACAGCAACUGCUCAGGUGCAAGGUGACUGCCAUGGUGUGGCCCUGGCAUCUCCCGAGGACAGUACCACUGGACUCCAGGUUCCUUGCCUGGGAGUAGGAGAAAUCCACCUGCUGGGGGCUGAGUGCAGCUUGAAGGACAGGCCCUGGGUCCCGGGAUGCCCCUGCCCGAGUCCAACGAGCAGGAGGGCGAGAGCGUGAAGGCUGGCCAGGAGCCAUCUCCCAAGCCAGGCACAGACGUCAUCCCGGCAGCUCCCAGGAAGUUCUCCAAACUGGUCCUGCUCACGGCCUCCACCCAAGAUGAGGAUGGGGUGGCCUGCAACCCCCAGGAAGUGCACUGCGUCCUCUCCCUGGAGAUGGCUGACCCCACCACCCUCGCCAGGACCUUGCAGAUCCUGCCAGCUGAGGAGCAGGGAGGGGUGGUCCAGCCAGCCCCCCAGAUGCCUGAACAGAAGUGCAGCAAGCUGGACGCAGCCCCCCAGUCCCUGGAGUUCCUGAAGACACCAUUCGGGGGCCGCCUCCUGGUGCUGGAGUCCUUCCUGUACAAGCAGGAGAAGGCUGUGGGGGACAAAGUGUACUGGAAGUGCCGUCAGCAUGCUGAGCUGGGUUGCCGCGGCCGGGCUAUCACCCGGGGCCUGCGGGCCACAGUGAUGCGGGGCCACUGCCACGUGCCCGAUGAGCAAGGCCUGGAGGCCCGGCGCCAGAGGGAGAAGCUGCCCAGCCUGGCUCUGCCAGAGAGCUUGGGAGAUCCCCAGGGUCCUGAGGGCCCUGGAGGCAGAGUAGAGGAGCCACUGGAGGGGGUGGGCCCGUGGCAGUGUCCCCAGGAGCUACAGUCGGAGCCCACUCCUGGGCUGGUGCUAAGCAAGCCAGCCCGAGAGGAGGACGAGGGACCGCGUACCCUGUCACUGCUGAGCCUGCCGCCCAAGAAGCGCUCCAUCCUGGGGCUGGGACAGGCCCGGCCCCUCGAGUUCCUGAGGACGUGCUAUGGGGGCAGCUUCCUGGUGCAUGAGUCAUUCCUCUACAAGCGGGAGAAGGCUGUUGGGGACAAGGUGUACUGGACCUGCCGGGACCAUGCGCUGUACAGCUGCCGGAGCCGCGCCAUCACCCAGGGACAGCGGGUGACCGUGAUGCGUGGCCACUGCCACCCACCUGACGUGGAGGGCCUGGAGGCCCGGCGGCAGCAGGAGAAGACCAUGGAGAUGCUUCAGGCUGGGCAGGACGGCCCUGGGAGCCAAGUGGACACGCUGCUUCGAGGCGUGGACAGUCUGCUCUACCGCAGGGGCCCCGGCCCCCUGACUCUCACCAGGCCCCAGCCCAGAAAGCGAGCAAAGCUCGAGGACCAGGAGCUGCCAACCCAGCCCCAAGCCCCCGAAGUAUCCCCAGACGAGGACCAGGGCAUGGACGCAGACCCUGGAGGCCCUGAGUUCCUGAAGACGCCCCUGGGGGGCAGCUUCCUGGUAUACGAGUCCUUCCUCUACCGGCGAGAGAAGGCGGCCGGGGAGAAGGUGUACUGGACCUGCCGGGACCAGGCCCGCAUGGGCUGCCGCAGCCGCGCCAUCACCCAGGGCCGGCGGGUGACUGUGAUGCGCGGCCACUGCCACCCACCCGACCUGGGGGGCCUGGAGGCCCUGAGGCAGCGGGAGAAACGUCCCAACCCGGUGCAGCGGGGGAGCACAGGAGGCCCUGAGUUCCUAAAGACACCACUGGGGGGCAGCUUCCUGGUGUACGAGUCCUUCCUCUACCGGCGGGAGAAGGCGGCGGGGGAGAAGGUGUACUGGACCUGCCGGGACCAGGCCCGCAUGGGCUGCCGCAGCCGCGCCAUCACCCAGGGCCAGCGGGUCAUGGUCAUGCGCAGGCACUGCCACCCGCCGGACCUGGGCGGCCUCGAGGCCCUGCGGCAGCGGGAGCACUUCCCCAAUCUGGCACACUGGGACAGCCCAGAACCCCUGCAGCCCCUGGAGUUCCUGAGGACUUCUUUGGGGGGCAGGUUCCUGGUGCACGAGUCCUUCCUCUACAGGAAGGAGAAGGCGGCCGGGGACAAGGUGUACUGGAUGUGCCGGGACCAGGCUCGGCUGGGCUGCCGCAGCCGUGCCAUCACCCAGGGCCACCGGGUCAUGGUCAUGCGCAGCCACUGCCACCAGCCCGACCUGGUGGGCCUGGAGGCCUUGAGGCAGCGGGAACGGCUCCCCAGCACGGCGCAGCAGGAGGACCCAGAAAAGAUCCAAGUUGAACUGUGCUUCAAGACAUGUUCUGCUGAAGGCCCGCUGCUUUCUGGGUAAUUGUACUGGUUAUCUCUGACGGGACAUCAGAGACAUCAGACUGACCGGCGAGUCCCAGUGAGGCGACACACGCAGAGGGGCUCUGUGCCGCCCACAGGAGGCGGCUUCACAUCCACGCAGGCUUCCCAUCUACUUAGGUUUUGCUUGACAGAAACUUCAUUCUUCCAAAGCAUCACUGGCCUUCACAUAUCCUCAGGCGGUCUCCCAGGAGGAAUUCUUGGAUGGUGUCCUCGUGUCGGCAGCGAACGGUGCUCAGAGCUGGUGCUUGCAGAUUCGGGUGCGGGGGGCAGCGCAGUGGCGCCUUCCUGAGCUUUGGAAUAUGUAAGGAAGCUGCCUGGUUGUGGACACUCCUGCUGUCUGGCUACCAGCGCCCCUGGCUUUGCAGAGCACGCCACCUUCCCUGGGCUUUCCGCCUGGCAAGGCCCUGCUCUGCUCAGCACAGUGCAAAGUGAAUGCCACUGUCUUGGAGCCUGGGCAUACUUGGGGAAGUUCCUGCUUCAAAGGGAGCUGUGCCGUGUGUAGGCUGGGUCAGGCCACACUGGUCUUUUCUGGACAGGUGCUGGGUAGGUUUUCCUGGUCUCUGGCUGCCUGCUGCCACAGUGCGGCCAUCCCCAGCAGCCAGAGCCGGCCAAAGCACAUGCCUUGUUCCGCGCUCCAGACUUUGCUCCCUGUGCUCCUGCCAACUUAAACCUCUCCACAACACCCACGGCAGGUGUUGUCCCGAGAUUAGAGCCAGCCCAGAGGUCGGCAGGGGCCAGUGCUGGGUACACACGCCCUGGCUGAGGCCAGUGGGGUCCUGGGUGGCCCACGUCCAACUAAAGCCUGAAGCUUAGACAGGUGGCAGCAGAGGCACGUGCCCUUCUGUGGAGCAGCUUCACACAGUGCGGCUUCAGUCAGAGGGAACAGUCCGGAGGGGCAAGAUGACCCCACCGGGACUGCAGAGCUUCCUGCUUACCAACAAGGACCUGUCCUCAGCCCCGAGAGGUGGCUCCAUCCCACCAAGUAACUGUGGGGGAGUGCCGGCAGCAGGCACAUCCCCGCCAUCCACUGCAAGGCUGGGACAGCCCAGGCGCCCAUGCUUCUCCUCUGCUUGUGUGGUUCCCCCAAUAAAUCCUGUUUUGCAUCUCA